AUGUUCCUCACAUUGGCGUUGUUCCGGAAGGGCAUACCGGGGAAGCAGUGGAUUGGGAAGUACCGGCGUCCGCGGCACGUCACCUGGCAGAUGAAGCGCAACAUGAUCGCACGACUGGAGCACCGUCAUGCGGCCGAGCGACGCCUGCAGAACUGGCUGAACUUCAAGGAGGCCACAGCUGGUAAACUGCCUGAGCACAGGUUCAUUGCGGAGCACCUUGGCCACCUCAAUACCACGAAGAAGUGGUCCAAUCAAUAA